AGUGUCGGGUCACUUAGCAAAGAAAUGAUGGUCGUCAGCGUUGCUGGAGAAGGCGAGGUGAGCGAUACGCCGAGGUCAACAUGGUCCUCAGGGUUCGCUUUGGUGGAGGAGGUGCAACAGUCUGGGCAGGCAUCACCAGUUAGCGCAAAACAGAUUUGGUUGCUGUAGAUGGCUCAGUCACUGCAUGUUCUUACCUCAGAGACUUCAUUGAACCCAUCAUCAUCCGCAAUUCCGCCAGCACCCCCCCAACUUUCUGUUCAUGGAUAAUAAUGCUCCACCACAUCUUGCCAGAAUUGUCACAGCUCGACUUCAGGAAGUCGGAGUGCCUCAUAUGGUACGGCCAGCACUGUCCCCUGACCUGAACCCCAUAGAGCAUGUCUGCGACCAGCUGAAGCAGAGACUGGAUGAUCGUAGCCCACCUCCACGUGACCUGGUGGAACUGCAUGUAGCACUGGUGGAAGAGUGGAACACAUUGCCUCAGAACAACAUCAUGAGGCUAGUGAGGAGCAUGAGAAGCCGUUGUCAAGCUGACAUUACGACAAAAGAUCCAGAGUGGGCUUCGUACACACUGGGUGUAUUUGUGUGUCAAAGCUGUUCUGGGCUCCACAGAAAUAUUGCCCAGAUCAGUAAGAUCAAGUCUGUGCUGCUUGAUCCCUGGCGUCUUUCUGAAGUAGAGUUUAUGGGCUCAGUGGGAAAUGAUGCUGCCAGGGCCAAAUAUGAAAAGCAAGUUCCAUCGUUUUAUUAUCGACCAUCAUACAAAGACUGCAUGCUUCUUCGAGAACAAUGGAUCCGAGCAAAGUAUGAGAGGAAGGAGUUUAUUAAUGUGGAGAAGCAAGAGCCAUACACUGCAGGUUACAGAGAGGGGUUUUUAUGGAAACGUGGCAGAGACAACGGGCAAUACCUCAGUCGAAAGUUCAUUUUGUCUGAACGAGAGGGUGUUUUGAAGUACUUCAACAAACAUGAUGCCAGAGAACCCAAAGCCAUUAUGAAGUUUGAAAGUGUGAAUGCCUGUUUUCAACCUGCAAAAAUUGGCACUGCCCAUGGCUUACAGAUCACUUAUUUAAAGGAAAACAGCACAAGGAAUAUAUUUGUAUAUCAUGAAGAUGGCAAGGAAAUGGUUGACUGGUUCAAUGCCAUUCGUGCUGCCAGGUUUCAUUACCUUCAGGUGGCAUUUCCCAUAGCCUCUGUUUCUGAGCUCUUGCCAAAACUAACCAGAAACUUCAUAAAGGAGGGUUACAUGGAGAAAACAGGCCCAAAGCACACAGAAGGUUUCAAGAAAAGAUGGUUUACAAUGGACGACCGGAGGCUCAUGUACUUCAAAGAUCCUCUGGAUGCCUAUGCAAGAGGUGAGGUGUUCAUAGGCAGCAAAGAAAACAGCUACAGCCUGGUUCCUGACUUUCCAUCAAACAUCCAAGGAAAUCACUGGCAGUUUGGUAUCACCAUAGUAACCCCAGACAGGAUGUUCCUUCUGGCAUGUGAGACUGAAAAAGAGCACAGAGACUGGAUAAAUGCAAUUCAGACUGUUAUGGACCGACCAAUGCUGCCUCACGAAUAUGCAGUGGAGGCCUACUUUAAACACAAACCAUGACCAUCCAUUUGACAGUCUUCACAUGUGGAGCAAAGUCAAUGCCACUUGGGUAUAUUUUAAAGAAAAUACAAACAGUACUAAAGAAAUAAUUCAAAUACAAUAUUACUUUUACUGUUAUAUCAUUAUUUAUUAUCAGAUCAGGUUCAGUCAUUACUCUAUGUAAAAGGGUAAUACUUUAUGUCCAAAUCCUGCUGCUUUGUCAUUUACCGGAUUUGGGGUGUUCUUCAUUUAUUUAACAGUGCACUAUGAAACAUUUCAGAUGGAGGGUCUGCCAUCUGCUGGUCUCCAUGCAGAUGUUUAAACUUUGUUCGAAAUAGUCCACAGUAUAGCAUUAAACAUUUAUUCAAUUACAGGUGUUUUUAUUACUCAAAAACAUUCACUAGGAGGCUGUUCUCUCCAUAGAUCUGACAUGUAACUUGACCCGGUGAAGUCUCCUGCUUGUUUUCAUGGGGGAAGUUAAGUAAGUUAAGUUUAAUGCCAUACUGUGAAAUAUUCCACCAUAACAUAAUGCACAUAAAGGCGCAGUUUCAAGUAUUUAACUGUUUUCUUUCUCUCUUUUUUUUUUCUUCAAACUGGCAGACUCGAACAGUAUUUUUAUAGAUCCUAUAAUAUCCUUGAAUGUACCAAAUAUAUUAUCAAACAAAAGUGUAUACAAAAUAAAAUACAUAUUUUAUUAUAAUCUUUAGUUACAAUAAAUUAAAAUAAAUAAUAAUUACAAUAGCAGUCUUGUCAGGAUUAUAGAGCAAGUAUAUACUGCUUAUUGAACACUGAACAUUCAAACUAUGUCUUCGCUACAUUUGUCCAUAUUGUAGGAUAAUCAGUAAUUCCAUGUCAUUAUUCUUUUAGUUGUUUCAGCUGAUAUGAAAUUUGACAUUAUUUUAACAAAAUUGUUUAAGCUAUUGUAAUAGAUUAACCAUUACAGUAUAUUAUAAUAUAUAUAUACUAUAAUAAUGUUACUUGUCAAACUGCACACACAUUUAAUAUAAAAUGUUUUUCAUGUUUGUAACAUGCAGAUAAUGUAUACUCCUAUCACAUUUUAACUUAGCAAACAUUCAUUACAAUCUAAUUAAAAUGAAAAUGUAUAUAAA